GGUCUCGUCGGUUCCGCAACAACGAGGCCGAUUGGGCGACCAACACUCUCAUUCUCAAAACGAAGUGUGGAUAGAUGUAUCGCGUACCUUUCAUAGGUACCACGGCGACACCACGUCCCGAUCCUCCUCCCCCGGAGCCUUCAGUGCCCACACCAUCUCCCUCUAUCAUUGUCACCUCGGCUCGACAGUUCGCUCAUUUUAUUCGACAGGACGACGUCACCUUCUUUAUGGUGGAUGUGACGGAUCUCUUACACUAUGAUCCACCCUGUCCCGACGCCGAGCUCAUCCCUCUGGAGCCAGAUCCUCCCUCUAUCUCCAUGGCUCCCAUCUCUACUUCCAUCCCUCCGCCGUCCGUCGAGUCCACCCCGUCGUUGCGCGCUGACGCUGACGCUGAGGAACUCGCACGAUAUACGACUGACUUGGAGCCCGCAGUUCGUGACCUCAUCCGAGAGUACCACGACGUUUUCCCAUCGUCGUUCUCGUACGCCGGCAUCCCACCGAUGCGUGACGUCGAGCACUCUAUUCAGCUCGUGCCUGACUAUCGUGUUCACCACCAGGCACCCUACAGACUCUCGAUCCCCGAGGCCACCGAACUCAAGCGUCAGCUUGAGGAGCUCCUAAGACUGGGUUUCAUUAAACCCAGCAACUCCCCGUGGGGUGCACCCGUCCUCUUUGCUCGCAAAGCGGAUGAAACUCUUCGUCUCUGCAUCGACUACCGCGGCCUCAACCGCUACAUGGUUAAGAACAACUACCCCAUGCCUCGUUCCGAUGAGCUGUUCGACCGCCUAGCAGGUAACCGCUUCUUUACGAAGAUUGAUCUUCGUAGCGGUUACCAUCAGAUCCGCGUCGCUGCAGCCGACCAGCCGAAGACCGCGUUCCGAUCGCGAUUCAGCUACUACGAGUUCACGGUGAUGCCAUUCGGCCUCACCAACGCACCCGCUACCUUCCAVAGGGCGAUGAACGACAUCUUCAGGGACAUCCUGGAGCAGUACGUUCUCGUCUACCUCGACGAUAUCCUGGUCUAUAGUGAUUGUCCGAUAGCCUUCUACUCCCGUCAGCUCCUGCCCGCCGAGAUAAACUACAUUGCUGAUGAACGUGAGGUUCUCGCAGUAGUUUAUGCCGCUCGGCACUGGCGUCACUACCUGCACGGGGCACCAUUCACAGUGCGUACGGACAACUCUGUUGUUCAGGCUUUUCUGACAAAGUCAAAGCUCACUCCUCGACAGGCUCGCUGGUGGCGCGACCUAUCCGAGUUUAGUUUCACCACUGAGCACAUCAAGGGUGAGACUAAUCGGGUCGCCGAUGCCCUAUCYYGGCGCCCUGACCACGACCAGGAGCACAUCCAGCUCUCUUCCAUCUCGGUCAUCACCGUCCACCACUCGGUGAUCGACGAGUUUCGCACUCAGUACCGCCACUGCCCCGACUAUCGCGACAUCCAYGCGAYCCUUCGGAGUGGCAAGACCGUCCCGAACUACUCUCUCGGGGACAACGGUSUUGUGUACUSGCACGGUUCACAGGGCACCAGAGAGCCCCGUAUUUGUGUUCCCUCCACUKGACAGCUACGUGUCCGAGCAGUAGCAGAGUUCCAUGACCAGGCAGCUGUUGGUCAUAUGGGCUUCCACAAGACGUUGGCUCGUGUGAGCCGCCUGUAUGUUUGGCCGAAGCGCAAGGACUUUGUGAACGACUACGUUGCAGAGUGCCCCACUUAUCAGGAGGUGAACAGUGGGAACCACCUACCUUAUGGUUUGCUCCAGCCUCUUCCUAUCCCUGAGGGUCGUUGGCAGUCCAUCUCGAUGGACUUUAUCGGUCCUCUUCGACUUGCGACCCCCGCGGUCAUGAUGCUAUCCUGGUCGUCGUCGACCGCUUCACGAAGCGUGCACGCUUUGUUCCGUGCCGCUAUGCCAUCAGUGCACGUGAGGUCACCGACAUCGUAUUUGACCGAGUCGUGCAUGACCACGGCUUACCUCUGAGCAUCAUAUCUGACCGUGACCUGUGCUUUACCAGUCGA